AUGGCAAUUAGCUUUGAACAAUUGCAGAUGCUGUUGCAGCAACAACAGGCGCAGUUUGAAGCAUCCCAAACCAAACUGAUCGAGAUGUUAACUCAGAAGACGGCAGUGCAGUCAAGCCCAGGGUUAGCGACAAGUGAAGGUGCCCCGUCACCAGAAACCCUGACUCAGCAGGUCAGUGUGUUUCAUUAUGACGCUGAUGCUGGCAUAACAUUUGUUUCGUGGUUCCAAAAGUAUGAAGAUAUGUUCCGGGUUGAUUUUGCUAACUUUACAGCAGAAAAGAAGAUUCGACUAAUGUUGCGGAAGCUGGGUGCUGCCGAACAAGAGAAGUUCACCAAUUUUAUCUUACCCAAAAAGAGUACCGAUUUGUCCUUUGACGAAGUGGUUGCAAUCCUGUCGCAAAUUUUCGGAGAACAGACUUCUUUGUUCAACAUCCGGUACAAGUGUCUGACAAUAACCAAAAAAGAAGACGAAGACUGGGUCGACUAUUCCAGCCGGGUGAAUCGAGAGUGCGAACGGUCACAACUACACAAGAUGACAAGUGAUCAGAUUAAAUGCCUCAUAUACGUCUGUGGCCUACAAGCAUCCAAAGUCGCCGACAUUCGAACACGAAUACUGAACAAAAUUGAGCAGAAUCCGGAUGUCACGUUGCAGCAAGUGACCGGUGAGUGCCAACGCAUGACGAAUCUGAAACACGAUACUGCAAUGACCCAGCAGGUGUCCAAGCAGAGCAAGCAAGAUUUUGUCUGUGCAGUCAGCCGUACUCCCCGAAAAGAAGCUUCCCACGUGAGUUCAACGCAUUCUAAACCUCCCACUGCAUGCUGGUUUUGUAGAGAGUGGCAUUUUGCCCGCGAGUAUCCAUUCAAAACUCACACUUGCAACCGUUGCGGCAGAAAAGGGCAUAAGGAGUCGUGUUGCCUGGCGACUCGUCCAGUUCUGACCAAGAAGAUGCGUAACAAUGCCAGGCCGUUCCGGCGUCCCAAUUUGACCAGAUCUAUCACCGCAACAUUCAAGGUUGACGGGGCCAGCAAGCGCAAAUACACAAUUGUGAAAAUCAACGGCUUCCAAGUCAAGUUACAAAUUGACAUGGCUUCUGAUAUCACCCUGAUAUCUCGAGACACUUGGUGCAUGCUGGGGCGACCAACACUCAUACAAUCGGACCACACGGCACGGAAUGCUUCAGGAGGUACGGUGAAAUUGCUUGGUGAACUGAAUUGUCUGGUAAACUUCCGCAAUAAACAAAUCCAGACGACAUGUUUCGUGACAGACCAGCCGGGGUUAGAUUUGUUGGGGCUCGACUGGAUGGAUGAACUGAAACUGCUUGAUCAAUCAGUGAACAUUAUAUGUCAGCCACCGCAAAUUGCCGAGAUAAAACGACGUCACGAUGCAUUGUUUCAACCUGGUCUCGGAUGCUGCAACAUAGCUACUGCCUCAUUGAACCUUAAACCAGACGCCAAGCCAGUCUUUAGACCGAAACGCCCGGUGCCCUACGCAAACCAGUCUUUAGUGGAAGCCGAGUUAAAUCGACUACAAUCUGAAGGGAUAAUCGAACGAGUUCACCAUUCCGAAUGGGCAGCACCUAUCGUGAUGGUAAAGAAAGGAAACGGUAAAGUCCGUAUUUGUGCUGAUUUCUCGACAGGUUUGAAUGCUGUGUUGGAAGAUCAGCAGUAUCCCCUGCCGGUACCAGAAGACUUGUUCAGCAAACUCAAUGGGGGGAAAUGUUUCGCAAAACUUGACCUAGCUGAUGCGUAUUUGCAAAUCCCAGUUGCCCAUCAGUGCAGAACAUUGCUGACAGUAAAUACCCACCUCGGACUUUUUCAGUACAACCGGCUGCCGUUUGGAGUGAAAACCGCACCGGCCAUUUUUCAACAAAUAAGGGAUACCCUGCUGAGCGAUAUCCCAAAUACAGCAGUAUACCUGGACGACGCGCUGAUUAUGGGCUCAGAUCCGCAAGACUUGAUACAGACACUGGAGAGAGUGCUUUCGCGUCUUCAGGAAGCUGGAUUCCGAUUACGGGCUGAAAAAUGUGAGUUCCUAUUAGAAAGUGUCAAAUUUCUUGGUUACAUCAUCGACAAACAUGGCCGGCGCCCGGAUCCCGCCAAUAUUGAAGCCAUCAAAAAGAUGAAGCCACCAGAAGACAUUGCAGAGUUCCGCUCUUUUCUUGGGCUCGUUAGCCAUUACAGUGCUUUCCUACCAAGCCUUCACCAAACCAGAGGACCGCUGAACCAGCUACUGAUAAAAGACAAGGAUUGGAAAUGGACGAAGGAGUGCCAGCAGUCUUUUGAUGUAGUCAAAGAAGCUCUCACUUCCGAUCUACUCUUGACUCACUUCAAUCCGAAUUUCAAAAUUGCCGUUGCUACGGAUGCUUCAAAUUAUGGUGUCGGUGCAGUUAUUUCCCACGUUUUUCCGCAUGGAGGAGAGAAGGCUAUCGCGCACGCAGCACGGGCACUAACGCCAGCUGAAAAUAACUAUAGCCAGAUAGAGAAGGAAGCGCUCGCGAUUGUUUUCGCAAUGAAACGGUUCCAUAAGAUGCUGUAUGGCAGACAGUUCACGCUCCUGACUGACCACAAGCCUCUUCUAUCGAUAUUCGGUUCAAAGAAAGGAAUUCCAGUUUUUACGGCAAACCGAUUGCAACGAUGGGCGAUCAUACUACUGGCCUACGACUUCAGUAUACAGUAUAAACCGACGCAACUAAUCGGGCAAGCGGAUGCCCUGUCUCGUCUCAUCAGUUCACACUCAAAAGAUAAUGAUGAUUGUGUGCUGGCAGCCAUCAAUUUCGUAGCAGAGGUCCAACGAAUCCUGGCUGAUAAUGUGAGAAGACUACCAGUAACAGCCGACACUAUUCGUAUGGAGACAUCACGGGACAGAAUCUUGAAGAAAGCGAUGCACUGUGUACGAACAUAUUGGCCAAAUGGAGGCAUACCUAUGGAGUUGCGGCCGUUUUACCAUCGACGUGCAUCCCUAUCAGCCGUGGACAAUUGUCUGAUGUUUGGAGAUCGAGUGGUGGUGCCAAGGAAAUUGCAGAGGCAAAUAUUGCAGCAGUUCCACACGGGGCACCCUGGUACCAGCCGCAUGAAAGCCUUGGCACGCAGCUUUGUUUACUGGCCAGAAAUGGAUUCGGAAAAUGAAAAAUUCUGCCAACAGUGUGAAUCUUGUCAACUUGCAGCGAAGGCUCCUCCCAAGUGUCAGUGGCAACCUUGGCCUAAGGCAGAGAAACCGUGGCAACGAAUACACGUAGACUAUGCAGGACCGAUCAAUGGCCAAUCCUAUCUCGUUUUGGUUGACUCAUUCACCAAGUGGCCUGAUGUGAUUCCGGUAAACAAUCCGACUGCACAGCACACUAUCAACGAGCUGGAGAAGCUGUUCCGAUACUUCAGCCUGCCAGAGGUGUUAGUGACAGACAACGGAACACAGUUUACCUCGACUUCCUUUCGCGAGUGGUGUAAAGAAAAGGGAAUUCAUCAGAUGUUCUCACCACCAUAUCAUCCUCAAUUAAACGGACAGGCGGAAAGGUUUGUGGACACGUUCAAACGUGCACUCUGUAAAGCAGGGCAAAAAAGGGCUUCACAGGAUGCAAUUCAAGCUUUUCUAUGCAUGUAUCGGAACGCUCCGAAUCCAAACUCCCCUGAUGGGAAAGCCCCCACAGAAGUACUAUUUGGAAGAAAGAUCCGGACGUUGUUUGAUAAUCUUUUACCAAGAAGAAUAGAAAAGCACGGCAACAGUCACCAGGAGGAAGAUUGCAAGAUCAAGCUCCGUAACUUCAAUGUUGGUGACAUGGUCUACGCCCGGGAUUUUCGAAGGCCGAAGGGGUGGUCUAGUGGAACGGUUAUCGGAAGGAAAGGCAGAGUUAUCAACGAGGUGAUGGUUGGACGUAAGAGAUGGAUUAGGCACAUCAAUCAGCUGAGACCGAAUCAUGGCAAAACCCAAGGUCCUCAGGAACCACCAGCUUUACAUUGGGACAUCCUAAUAGACACGUUCGGGUUGGAAGCUGAAUGUCAGCAACCAGGUGAGACGAAACAAAUGCCGCAGAAAUCAGAUGCACCAUGCAGGCCGGCGCGGAAGCGGAGAAGGCCACAACGGCUGCAAAUCAAUCCCCGGGCGAAAAGCUACGAACACACUCAGGUUCGAAGAGUGUGCAGGCUGACUCAAUUCGGAAGGGGAGGUGACAGUUGGACGAGAAAGCUGAGAGCCGACGCUCGCGCGUUUACCACCAAGCGUGCUUGGGAAGGACUCUACGAGCAUGUUACCAGGGCCCAGCCGAAAUCUGAUCAGACACCAGGCGUGUUGCCAAGGCCAGACCGGAAGCUGAUGAAAUCACGCGUCAGACAUCACGUGCGUUGCCAUGCGCCGGGUAGGCGAACGAAGACUGUAGUACCCGAGCAACACGGUGAAUCGGACAGAUGCAGCGGACAAGUAGGUGUGCAGCGUGGGCUUAGAGCCAAAUCCGCCUGGUGA